CCUAAUCGUUUCCCACUCUCCCGGUGUUCCAGCUCCAUUCGAGAGUCUUUUAUGUUUUGUUUGAAGUACAAAUAGCUGAAAGUGAUUAGCUCGUAACAGUACUAGUACUACUAAUCGGUAGAUAAAAUCGGCCCUAGCCGAUGGUGGAAAGAGUGUCCUAACACUAGACGUACCGCGGCUUAUCCCUCUAUUGGUAGCUAAUAAACAGCGAUAUCGAACGCCCGUAGCGUUCUAGAACCCGCAGUAGGCAUUGAUUAUUGAUUUUCCCUCACUCAUCACACCGUUUUCAAGCGUUGUUUCGUAAUUUUCACUCACUUCACGUUUUCCCACCGGGCAAAUAUGGGCAAAUGGGAAAAUGAAAACAAUUUUCUCAUUCUAUCACCUUUUUCAUUCGCUUGUUUGUCAUCCUACCGCCGCGACGUGUUGUAUAAGAAAACGUUUUUUGUGCUUUCUGUGUUAGUUAUAAGCGCGUAUAUCCGUUCUUUAAUGUGAAUAGUGCGUUCUUAGUAUAGUAGAGUCUGUUAGUUUGGUGGUUUUUAGUUUUUGUUGCACACGUUGGUAGACACGUCAGGUAGACACGGCGGUGCCAAAUCUGUGUCAUAACGCAUAACGGUCCUGUUUUGAUAGUGCACGAGCGAGGUGCAUUUAAUCAUCCGUACACACGCACACAUCAGCAAACAGCACACCAACACUUGUACAAAACCAUCAAAUAUACUGUCGGCGCCAUGACGCGCUGGGUUUUCCAAUUUCCCUUACAAAUGCUCUAUAGUGACAGAGAGUUUGAUGCUUCCUUCUGGCCUGCUGUUACCAACUUUCCCUAUUUACCAUGCUUUUCCCGCAACCGAACCGAAAGCUAAAUGACAGGUGGGAAUGCAUAGGCGCACGGGCACCUUUUUUCGGACACAACUGUCAGAUGUGUAUCCUUUUUGGGCCGAGAGAAAACAGGACCCCUCUGCACGUUGAGGAGAGAAAGCGUCUGGUUGCCGUUGAGAGCGAGCGAAAAAGCGUACGCUGUACACUGCUGGCCAGUGGAAAAUGAGCAAGAGUGUAGAUCCGCUUUUUUAUACCCCCUUAAUAUCCUGUCAGUUUUGUGUGGAGCUGCAAACGUCAGUAUCCUUUCGCCAGUCUUGAGUACGGAAACGGGUAGAAAGCGUUACACAACGAUCGGAAAAUUCACGGACCCUGACUCUGGAAGACACUGGUGUUCCGUUCCUUAACCAAAAAAAAACCGUCUCCAGCUCCAGGUUCCGUGCCCGAUCAGAGCGAAUUGUUCGGGGGAUAAGCAAAGUUCUUUUAUUAUCGCGUGUGAAUCGACGCAGUGCGUUAGUGAAAGGAUUUUCAUCUAGUAGCCUGCGAAGCGGAAAAUCUCCCGCAAUCCAAAAAGCUCUGUUCGAUUGUUCGAUUGUUGUCGCCCCGUUUCUCCAACAAAACAAGAGCGAUGCCGGUUGACCCAAUGGAUGACAUUGAGCUGCGCUCGGUUCAGCUACAGUAUCCAAACCAGCGCGGCUCGAUAGUCGGCUCGUGCGAUCUGCGGCGCGUACCGACGGACAAGGGCGACAUCCUAGUAGCGGUACAGGGCGAUACAACGAAGCCAGCGAUUGUGACGUAUCACGAUCUGGGUUUGAAUUAUGCAUCGAGCUUUGCCGGUUUUUUCAAUUUCCCCACGAUGCGUUCCUUGUUGGAUAACUUCUGUGUAUAUCACGUCAAUGCACCUGGCCAGGAAGAGGGUGCCCCAACGUUCCCGGAAGAUUACGUAUAUCCCACUUUCGAUGAACUGGCAUCGCAGCUGCUGUUUGUGAUGACACACUUUAACUUGAAGUCCAUCAUCGGAUUUGGGGUCGGUGCAGGAGCAAACAUUUUGGCCCGGUUUGCCCUGGCCAAUCCGGAUAAGGUCGGAGCACUCUGCCUUAUCAACUGCAGUUCAACGGCGGCCGGUUGGAUCGAAUGGGGCUACCAGCUGUUGAAUACGCGCAAUCUGCGCACCAAGGGCAUGACUCAGGGUGUGUUGGAUUAUUUGAUGUGGCAUCAUUUCGGUCGAAAUCCAGAGGAGCGUAAUCUGGAUUUGGUACAGCUGUACAAGAGCAACUUUGAGCGUUCGAUAAACCCCGUUAACCUGGCCAUGCUGAUUGAUGCAUACAUUAAGCGUACGGAUUUGAACAUUGCCCGAACACCUUCCGGUUCACCACAAACUUCUGCCCCAUCACUGAAGAUGCCCGUGUUAAAUAUUACUGGCGCGCUAUCGCCCCACAUCGAUGAUACAGUAACGUUCAACGGUAGACUAAUCCCGGAGAAGACUAAUUGGAUGAAGAUAUCUGAUUGUGGUUUGGUACUGGAAGAACAACCGGGCAAAUUGGCCGAAGCAUUCCGGCUAUUCCUGCAGGGUGAAGGCUACGCACCAACAUUUUCACCGCAUGCUAAAUACCAUACUACCACUGCUACUGCUGCUACUGCUGCUGCAACAACUGCAAUCAACCGCCACAACAACAACCACAACGUUAACAACAAUGAACCGGUGUCGUGUCAUAACCACAAUCAAGAGUUCGACAAGCUGAACGGGAACGUGCUGUUGGCGGGCGGCGGUGGCGGUGGUGGCGGUAGCGCAGAUCAGCAAACCGGUGGUCCGACCGGCAACGGCAACACCGUCGGCGGCAGCAUCGGCAUCACAGCAACGGCCAACAUUUCCAGCACCGGUAGCGCCUGCAUCGGCGGCAGCGCCAGUGCUGCCAUCUAUGAGAACAGUGCCGCACUGCGGGCGAAGAAUGGUGCGAUUCGAAUAACCGAGAAUCCGCUGCCCGAGAACGUAGCAUGCUAGAAAAGAGACAUAUCGGGUCGGGAAAGCCGACCGGUGCUGGGUGAAACGAGCGAACACGAUCGGGAGACGGAAUCGAAAGGAAACACCAUGGCGGGUGUACUUUCGCUGGACCAGAGUUACGAAAAGCGGACGGAACUUAUGUUUGAGCUGGAAGAGGAUGAGGUGUGGACGAACAGACGGUAUCGAAUAGAGAAGGUUAUGCUGAAUGCAAUAUUUUCUAUGCAAUUUUAAGUGAUCUGAUCAGUUACAGCCCGGGGCCAACCCGGGGUCCUUAGAAAGUGUGUUUUGUGACGAAAACGGGUGGCAUAGGAUUCGAAUCAGAAAUUAAAAAAUCCCAACUUAUCAAACGCUUUUAAGAGUGGCGACUUUCAAACGAGCAAAAAAAAAACAUUUUAAUCGUUUAUCGAUCGAAGAAAAAAGAUUUAAAUGUUUGAUCUUAACGAGAAAACACUACAAAAGCAAUAGCGCAAUACGAUUUGCGUAGGGCCGUACAAUUCCAGGGCCACCAUAAGAUGAACCUUUUCAGAUGAUGCUCAUCAGAAUCAGAUGUAAAAUGACCAACCAGGGUAAACAUUUGACAGCAGCGCCCAUCAUUAAAAGCAUCGAUAAAAUAUCAAUUUCUUACCGUAGUUCUCGGAGAGCUUUUUGAUUUGGCUAUGUUGGUAAUGUGUAGAUUGCGAUAAAAAGUCAUUGCAAUCAACUAAAAAUCAGUCUCAAGAGAUGUACAUUUUGUAGAAAACGACAAAAAUCUAUAACUAGUGUCUAGACAGACAAAUGGCCAAUAGCAAACUGUGAAAUGAAACAAAAAAAUAAGCAAAACUAAAAAGGAUGCGCCAAGCGUGUCGAACACGAAGGGAAUGUUAAGUACGCUAUCACAACUUGUUGUAUGAUCACUGAAUUAGGGAAGGAAGCAAAUUGUAUAAAGAACAAAAGCAGAACGAACGGUAUGGCUGCGGAGCGCGCGAAGGCUUUGAAAAAGCGAUUCGAAAAAUGACUAAAAACAAAAUCAAGCAAAAUGUGGCAGUUGCUGUGACGUGAGAUGCAUAUCGUUAAAACGGACUAAGCUAACAUUUAAACACAAAAAAGACACGAGUAAUCUAUAGCAUACUCUAGAUAUCCGCCGUCUGCCGCCACGCGACAUUAUGCAGUACGCGAGAAGACAGCAAAAACCGUAGCUUAAGGAAUAAAAUAAAAAUUAAAAACAAAAAAAAAACUGAAAUGAAAACACAUACCAGUACGCUCGGUAGAAGUUGCGCCAGGACGGUUCAUAAUACUUAUCGAACAUAUAAAACCCCUCUCUUUACACUGCUUCUGUUUUGCAAUUCUACUCAAAGAGGAAACGAUAAGUUCUAUAUUAUCGAUAAUUCAUGUGUCUCAUCCUCGUUGCGUUAAAGCAUAUUGAUUGCAAACAGAUUUAACAACAAUUACAUUUUAUAAAAGAAAAACAAAACCACUCCCAGUAUGUAAUACGUUACACAAAGAAAGAAACAUAUAAACUGCCAUAGUUUACUUACACCUUUCUUAACGCUUCUCUUUAAUGGAUGACCAAACACACAAAACGAACACAGGAAAACAAAAGCGCAACGAGACGUCAAGCAACGAGCAAAACAAAGAAACAAACGGGGUUAUUAUAGCACGCGCAGGAUAUGCAACCACAGCAUUAAUUAUGCCAUAAUAUGGUGGACAACCGUGUGGAGCGCGGUUGAUUGUUAGUUAGGUAGGCAUGAAAGCUAAAGCAAAAACAUAUUUGCAUAUUGAUAUUGAUUUAACAAACAUUGAACUAAACUUUAGUUAAGUAGAUAUUAUUGAAAGGAGUUCGUUUGAGUAUUGUUACAUCGGUUUUGCAAUUGCAUUCCAUUGAAAAAUUGUUUCAAUUUUAUACAGAACAACUUCUGUCUUUAUUUUUCACUAGUUAAGAGUGAUAUACAAAUUUUAAAUAUUUAUUUGCUAACUUAAUCGUGGUAUAACCCAUUUCUCAUUAUCACGCAUGUUGCCCGCAGGUAUAGCAAACACGGUGUAAAAUGAAGACAUUAAAAAAAGAAAUCAAAGAAAUUGUUACUUUAGAUGAAGAUACCCUCUAGUGAAGCAUAAGAGCAUCUUCUUAUUCUGUAGUGACGUUGACAGUGACACUUAAAUGCUGUAAGUUAUUAUUAAUCAUAUAAAAUGCUCUUAAAAAUCGCACGCAGUCGACAGAUAUGGCAUAUGCAAGUGGAUGAAUUUGCAAUAGUGAUGGCAAACGGGGCCAGAUUUAAAAUGAUGGUAGAAAUGAAAAAAAAAUAUUAGAAAGAUUUUUUUAACAUUGUAAUUUUGAUGAAAAAAAAACAUUUGCCUUAUAAGUUCAGUAAAUAUAUAAUUUAAAUAUAUAAAUUUAAAUGAAAUUUAAUUUAGUAAUUUAAAUUUAAAUUAUUAAAAAUUUCAAUUAUAAAAUCAAUCAAUUUGUACACUGUUUCAACUCUACCAUCAUUUUAAAAUGGCCAGCAAAAAGGGCGAAACGUAACAAACCCAAACUACGUAGACAUAGUGACCUACCCUACUAUCUGUAGAUACUUUUCAUGUACUAGCUUUUUGCCCGUACUAGGUUCUUUUCUUCUCCCCUAACAAAUGUAUGACAGAAAUGCAGCAAGCUUAGCGACUUAAAACCGUUUCAAGAGUCCGGACUAGAUCACAUUCUAAGCCACCCUGUGUGGGUGAGGUAGCACACAACCAUACGAAACGAACGCGAAUAAUUUAGCAAGCCUGUAGCUAAUUAAUUUUGAUCCUACAUCAAAAUAGGAUCGUCAUAUGCUAUCAACAUAUGUAUUCUAACUGUCGAUAGGAGAAGUUUUUGAUGGAGUCGGGUAAAAGUUGAACAAAAAAGCGCGCUCGAAAGCAUGUUAAAGCUCUAAGCGAUGCUGCAAUGCGUUUGGGUUUUUGUUUCAAAAACUGGUCGACAUUGCAAUGUUAUUAUUUUAAUGUUAUUUUUUGUUAAUGGUUUAUGCUUAGGAGAAGGUUUUUCUUUAUGUUUCUCUUUUUUGCGGUCGAACCGCCGAACCGAGUAGUUGAGAAUAUUUCUUACAAUACUACACCGUACUCUAGCACUAAGCUUUAUGCCCGAAUGGAGCAAAUUGCAGGAUCUAUUAGAUAUCCGGCUUAGACAGAAUCAUUGUGAUAAGGGAUGGAUAACAGUUCUAGCAAAUCCCACCCUGCACCUCCAUGUGCGGGGGAAAGAUUUCAACGGUGGCAGCAACACAAGCGUUAUACCCACAUGGAACGUGGAUGGUAGUUUAAAUCGCUUUGCAAUUUUUCACAACAACAAUAUGUGUGAGUGUGUGAAAACCGGAGCUAGCAGAGGUGCAAACACCAGUUUCAUACGAACGGCAAAACAUGCGAAUGGUCAACGUGACGAGAAUGGGCAGAUCCAACAAAACGGAUGCGCGUAGAAAUCCGAAACAGGAUAGCGAUUCAUUUAUCACUUGAGUGCCUAAUCAUUGAUUAUUAAAAUUGGAAGAACAUGAUAGAGAGUCUUGAAAGGGGGAGGAGGCGGGACUGGUGAUAGAUUUUUUGAGACCGUUUCUUGCCAUUUUCGUGCAAUGUCAUUCCACACCAACCAAUGCACCUUCGAAAGGAUUUGCUUUUGAGUAGCACUAUUUGUUGUACUGCGCGAAACUGUCGGCCAACGCUGGUACGAUUUAGCAUAACAAAUUCUUAACACUACGGCGUAGCAUACAAACAUAAAAGGGUUUCGAACGGCGCGAUUUGUGCUUGAUUUGUUCACCUCCCCGAGGCGUUGGUUUAACAAAAUGUUUACUUCUGUUGUUUGAAUCAGGUGCUGAAGAGGGGAAAAUGAUGAAAUAAAUAGAAACUGCAUGGUGAAGCGGGAGAAACAGUAGUAAAACCAGGAUACUGGGCACUGGGGAGUUUGUGGAGUGGCAACUUAUACUCCAUGCGCUGAUUGCUAACUACACUUAGCCCUGCUACGCACAGACCUAGCUUACCGAGAACGAAAUCCCAAUACUUGGGAUUAUAUUGAAAACAUGCGAAUACAAAAGAUGCAAAUGCUUAAAAAAACAAAAACUCAUCAAACUAAAUCCCAGCGCCAUGUUGCCCGUAGUAGAAAACAACUAUUAGGACCGGAUUUAAGCACUGCAAUGCAACAUGAAAUGUCACGAGAAAAUCGAUUACAAUCGUAAUAGAAGGCGAGAGACCGUAACAGACAAUGAGGAUCAGAAGAGCAAAUAUGACGUAAAGAAUGAAAGUAAUCGAGCAACGCGAUUAAUGCAAAACAAGCAUGCAAACGUGUUUAAAAUGCCCUGCAAAAUGCAAAACCACAAUAAUGCAAAACCAAAUGAAUAACACUAAUGAGCGAAACAAAACGAAGAAUGAAUAAAAACUAACGGUUCUAGUAUGGCAAAGGAACUAAUAAAAUGGUAAAGAAAACAA